CUUCACUCAGUACGACAGAAGAGUUCGAAAGAAUUGCUUCUUGCGACUUCAGCGUUUCUUGGUAAGUAAAUCUUAUGUUUUCCUGUUGCCAACAACCUCUCAUUUUUCACAGACGUGUAGGUACCUUUGGACAUAAGGGGCGAUAAAUUACCUCCCUUAAAAAUUAUUUACAGCCCUAUUAGUUGGCUGUCCUAACAUUGUUACAUACCUACUUGAAUUGCAUUGCAUGGAUGAAAGACAAAGUUGGACAUUUAAUAACAGAGGCGUCAUAGCCAGUCAAUAGACCUGUAGGCCCGGGCCUACUCUUUUUUGGUUUGAUCACACUACCACUUGUAAUAAAUUAUGUGUUGUUGAGGUUAACUAAAAAGCUUAAGAGCUCAAAGUGUUGGUGAGGUCAGUGCGUACUAGUCAUGCGUGCAAUUUUCACAGCCAGGCCUACAACUAGUUGUAAAGCUGGCUACCGCCCUGAAUAAGACUAUAAACGGUGCCAUGUGUUUUGAAACCUUUGUAGUUAAGUUCAGUCUCUGCAAUGGCGUUGUUCAAAAAUGACAAUCGUCCCCUCGAAAUUGUUCACAGUGACUGUAGAUACAUAACGACGCUUAGUAUGUUGGUGUUGACGAGGCUGUUCAGUUCACUCUGCCCUGCGAAUAUGAACAACGUCUACAGUAUAGUCGUAUUUUACCAAUCUCAAAGCGCAAAAUAUGAUUUAAACGCCAAAAAGUUUAAAAAACAGAAUUUAUCAUAAAUCAAACACUCCAAAUCAAAGUCUUAGUUUAUUCAUAAAAGAAAAUAAUAAUUCCGAUCAAUGUGCGGUUCUGUGUUAAUUAUUCAGUGACCCUGGUCCCAAUGUUAGCCUUGUUACUUCUUACGUUUUCGAAUAAACAUAGGUUUAGGCCUUUUAAGGGUCCCGUAGGAGUCUUUGCCAUCAAUAGCUGGCUUAAGAAUGAAGAAUUAAAGUAAUAUCUGAUAUGGGGGGUUCAUCAGGAAAGAUCUUACAAUACACCAGUUUUCAGAAAAGAAAAAUACCAUCGAUAUUUUCAAGUUUCAAGACAUAUUGAAAUCAGCUAGAGUUCAUCAAAACUUCCUCUGAAACGUCAAACUGCGUCCUUAAAAAGAAAAUGGUCAGAUCAUACAGUUUGACAAACAUCCAACGCAAAAAAGUAAAAUAUCUGACCUUCCACUAUUGUAUUCAAACAUUUGGAGCGUUAGAAGAAUAAAUUUCACAAACUAGAAUUUUGCAAGGUUACGGAGUAUUUCAGGUGCGUAUUUAACACUUCGAUAAUUCUUUUCCUGACAAGAAAAAAAAAUUAUCAGUAACAUCCAAUUGAUAAUUUUCACCACUUUCUUUAAUUUUCCAAGUUCUCAAAUAUUUGUAUUAUCUGGAUUUAUUCAGCAGGCGCCUAUCAAGCUUUAUAAUGAGCUUUUACUGUCGUAAAACCUGAUUUGAAUAUUGAAGAUCGUAACAGCUGCAAAAAGUCAUUCGCUCCAGAGAUCUAUCAGCUGAGCGCAUCCACCAGGCAACUUUCGUGUGAGCAAGGCACCAGCUUACUUGUGAUUUCAAUCGAACUCUUGCGCUGCGCGCUCGCCGAUUUUGAAAUCACGCGUAUGAUUUCACACCAAAUUGCACUCCUCUCAGUUCAAUUAACAUUAUAUACAUUAAGGUCAUUACAUUGUCAUUAAGCCUCUGUUAUAAGUUAAAUUACAUGCAAAGAGAAAUUAGGUCUGAUAUUCUUUAUAGACUUCUCGGUUACAAAGUUUAUUGCUUUGAUUAGGGGGGUGAGAACUGAAUAUGGGUUUGUAUCGAUUAAUCCUUAAUUUUACGAGGAACAAUGUGAUAUUUUGUUGUUAUCACCAAGAGGAAAAAAUCACUUAACAAGAUCGGCUAUGAGGAGGAGACAUGACUUCCCAACAACAUUCAACAUUCAAAAUGUCGCGCUUUUGUUUGUUCAAAGAAAUUGAUCUUUCAUGUUGUACGUUUCCUCUCGGAGCGAUUUUCAAUAAAUCUAAACACAAACUGAUUGUGUUUAACAUAAACCACAGUCUUCUUUCUUCUCUUGGCAAUAUCUCGAAACGGAUAAUACCCAAGAAAGGAAUUCUUUACUGGUGAGAAAGAAAAGAAAACAACCAUAAUUUUGAAACAAAACUUGAAUGAACCGAAGCGGAAAUGGAGUUUGUGAGCACUGACGACGUUAGUAGUGGUGUCUGAGGAGAAUUAGCAGCUUUUGGGGUAGCAAAAGGGCAGCAAAAUUUAAUAAAUAGCUCAUGUGUAAAAUGCGCCGGAAAUUUAUGCUAACCAUGUUUAGGCAAGUACUAGUAAUGACGUCACAACACCAUCAGGUCCAUUUGACAGUUUAGCAAGCCCAUAAGAAACGGCUUAUGUCUUCUAUUUAGUGCUAAAAAUUGGAUAUAUAUAAAGAAAACACACACACACAUACACAAAGUGGAGCUCAAAACUCUUUAUCUCAAUUUUGUCUGACUAUCACAAAACCGUUCUCUCCUUUCUAUCUCAAGGAAACCACUAACUAUUGAAGUCUCAGCGUUUCACGCGCCUUAGUCAGUUAAUUAUGCGAGUCAACAAGCCCACAUUUGCAUACAAAUUAGUUCAGCUCAGUGAACCCCAUAAAAACACAAAAAACAAUUAAUAACUUGACAAAGAUCAAUUGAAAGACGCAACUAAUCAGUAAACAUUCCCAAUAAAACCAGACACGUUUCUUAGGACAGAAGAAAUGACCCUUUAUUAAAAUGAUUGCAAAAAAAAUUAGAUUAAAUAUUCUAUUAAAAUGGUCAAAAAAGGCAAGCUAUCGGUUUUUUUUUUGCACUGCGCACAAUGUUUUACUUACCCUACUCCCUUUCAUUUUUAUUUUCCUCCUCAUCCAUAAUUUUUCUUAUUUUCCUUCCUCAAUUUUUUUAUUCCCUCCUCCACAAUUUUAUUAUUUUCUCUCCUCCUCCACCACCACAUUUACUCUAUAUAUUUUUCCAUCCACAAAAAAAUCGACCUCAUGUCGACCCUACAACGACCCUAGACUCAACUUUGUUUUUCAACACAGCUGCGUGAAUAGUGAAACUAUAUACAACCACCAUCACAUUUCUAUUGUUUUCUCUCCACUAACACAUUUCUGUUGUUUCUACUCCACCACCACAUUUCUAUUGUUUCCCUCCUCCAGCACCACAUUUCUAUUGUUCUCUUCUAUUGAUUUGUUAUUUGCGUUUGGCCUAUUUGGCCUUUGGUUGCCUUUAUUGGCCUGUGUCUGACCUGUGACCUUCUAAAUACCAAAACAAUAUGAGGAGUGAAAACAAUAGAAAUGUGGUGGUGGAGGUGGAUAGAAACAAUGGAAAUGUGGUGGUGGUGGUGGUACAGGUAAACAAUAGAAAUGUGGUGGUGGUGGUGGUGAUGGUGGUGGUAGUGGAGAGAAAACAGUAGAAAUGUGGUGGUGGUUGUAUAUAGUUUCACUAUGUUAAUAGAAUAUUUAAUCUAUUAAUUUUUUUGCGAUCACUUUAAUAAAGGGUCAUAAAGUUGAUUUCUUAUGUCUUAAGAAACGUGUCUGGUUUUAUUGGGAAUGUUUCUUGAUUAGUUGCGUGUUUCAAUUAACCCUUGUCAAGUUAUUAAUUGUUUUUUUGUGUCUUUAUGGGGUUAUGACUGAGCUGAACUGAUUUGCAUGCAAAUGUGGGCUUGUUAACUCGCAUAAUUAACUGACUAAGGGCGCGUGAAACGCUGAGAUUUCAAUAGCUAGUUCUAGUGGUUUCCUUGAGAUAGAAAGGAGGGAACGGUUUUGUAAUAGUCAGACAAAAUUGAGAUAAAGAGUUUUGAGCUCCACUUUGUGUAUGUGUGUGUGUGUUUUCUUUAUAUAUAUAUCCAAUUUUUAGAACUAAAUAGAAGACAUUAGCCGUUUCUUAUGGGCUUGCUAAACUGUCAAAUUGACCUGAUGGUGUUGUGACGUCAUUACUAGUACUUGCCUAAACAUGGUUAGCACAAAUCAAACAAGUUUCCCGCGUAUUUUACUCAUGAGCUAUUUAUUAAAUUUUGCUGUCCUUUUGCUGCCCAAAAAACUGCUAAUUCUCCUCAGACGCCACCACUGACGUUGAAAAACGUCAUUUAUGGCAAUCAAAAGGCCCGGCUCAUUCGGAUGCGAAAAACAGAUUUCCCCGACAGAACGUCCAAUUUACUUUUUUGAGUAAUAAGAAAAUAGAGGGGUAAAAGCUGUGAAAGGAGCCGAACUCUGCAAACUUUCAAGUGAAACAUAUGACGCAUACCUGAGGUGGGUCUUCCUGAAACCCGGUUUCCAUAUGAUCGCUACGAUCGCUGCGGCCGCUGAAAAAAUAGUUUCAGUGAUCGUUGCGAUUGAUAUGAUCGCUGCGAUCGCUACUAUCCCUGGAGAGUAGUUUCCAUAUGAUCACUACGAUAGCUGAAGUUUUUUCAGCAAUCGAAGCAAUUGUAUGGAAACCGGGCUUAAGCGUUAUUUGUCGGUUAUUUGUUCUUCAAAAAAAUAGUCGUUCAAAACGAUUUUGAAAAAAUGAGUCUGGGAUCCAACUGGUUAGCCGUAACUUCAACUUUAACCUUGGUCAGCAGUGCGUGUUCCGUUCUGACCGAUGUCUGAUUGACUUUAAAAAGAAAGUCAUGUAUAUUACAAGGAAAAUGGCUGGCUUAUUUCGACACUAACCCUAGACCUGGUGAGUGUAAAAUUUUCCAUUGGCUUCUCUGUGGUAUGAAUAAAGGGACAGGGACGCUUUCUUCAUCCAAUACCAAAUCUCCUUUUCAGAGUCCGCUUUGGUGUUUUAACACGCAUGCGAAAUGAACUGUUCUCAUAUUCUCUUUCUCUCUCCUUAAUUCCAGAGCCACUAACAAGAACGCACUGGCUGGAAUCAUGUUUCUCUCGACAGUGUUCACUUUGUUUUGCCUCAUGGCGUCAGUUCCAUCACGUUGUGUAAGUGAAUCUAACGAUCAACUUUUCUCAGGCCGAACACCUUUACAUCGAGCGCGAGAGAAUUACCGCAAGGCGCCAUGAGGGGACCCCUCGAGUAUCUGCCUACCAGCCGGAGAGUCACUUCUUAUUCUUGCUUACCUUUAUGUUACAUUUACUUAUUUUUACUCUUAUUUACUGAUUCGUUACUUAUUUUACUCUUAUCCGUUCUACCCGUUUCUCUUCAUGAGUCACUGAUUGACUCCCUCAUUUUCACUUAUUUCUAUCCAUGACCAACUCAUUUCAAAUCAAAUCUUACACAAUUUUACUCGGUUUUAGGUGUAGUUUGUUUCAAGCCAUGUAAGGAAAACCAAAAUGAAAUUAAGAGAUGCGAGGAAAAAAAAGUUAAAAAACAAUCUUGUCAGUGCACCUGGAUAUUGAGGAUAUUUUUCUGUGCAUAUUCCAGUAAAUAUCUGUAAUUUAUUUUAUUGUAAUUACAAAUUACUGUAGAAUCAAGAUCUCUCGAACCCUCGGUUUUUCGAACCUCCUGUCAGAUCAGCUCUAUAAUUAAUUCCCUCUCCGAUUUUUUUCGAACUUUCCAGGGAAAGGAAAGCAUAAGCUCGAAUCGAUCAUCGGAAAGAGAUGUAAAAAUCAGCGAUAAAAUGACAGAGUAAGGAGGAGGAGUCAGUUUUAGAUCAACAAUUCGGGAUUUUUAUGCAUGUCCACUCAGUAAAAGUUGUUGCUGUGGUUGCUCAAAACAGCAAAAAAAAAAAUUGCUGUUCUAGUAUCCGGCAAAUAUAGAUCUCAUUUUUGUACAUUGGAGUUGCUCAGUGCAAAACAGAGGAAAUAACCUGGUUAUUCACGACUUCAAAUUCUUAUCCAUGUUUAUUUGUAAGAGGCAAUUGAUUAGCCAUGAGUUAGCUGGGAUUCUUAGGUUGUCUCCAAUGUUUGAAAUUUCCUUAACAGGGAGAGGAAAAUUAAAUGUUCAUUUAUUCAUUUAUUAAUAUCUACUAUAUAUUUUGUACUAACAUUGAUCCUUUAACAGCAGAACGUUGUGCCAUCAGCUCACAUCGAGGGCGGAGAUCCAAGACCUGUGUACUAUCCUGAAGACACAGGUAGCUUACAUACGAAACCUCUUUAAAAAUAACCAAACCCUACCUUCCUCAGAAGAAACUAAAAAAAUCCAACUUUACGAAAUAACUAAUGUCAAAAACAGAAAAAAUAUAGCUGCCUGGCUUGUUCGACAUACAUCCAGCACUUACGUAAAUUUCACACGCGUUAAUAAAAUAGAGGUAAUGUAUGGAAGAUCACAUGUAAACGUAAAAGUUUCGUUACGCGUGGCCUCUCAUACGUUGCCUCUGUUUCAUUUACGCGAGUAAAUUUUACGUGCGUUCGCACUGAAAAAUUGCGCGACAGUGAAAAUCAACCCUAGGAAAGUCAACAUGCACGCGAGCUCACGCAAAAGCUACCAAGACUAACCGUUACUUACUUCUAACAUUCUGGGCAAACGAGCCAGCUCAUGGCUUUCGUAGAAGGGUUUAAAUUUAAUAAUGGUAAUUGAACUGAGUGGAGUAUAUUAAUUUUGCCUCACAUUAUAAGUCAAUGGUUUUAAAAUCAUUAGCGGGCGAGCGCACAGCGCGAGUUUGAUUUGAAAUCACAAGUAGAGAACUGCCCACAAUUGCACGAUACAAAGUUCAAUAACCACUUCAUUAAAGCCAUUUUAAAUUCUCAUAAUUUAGUUGCAGUGCAAAUAUUUUAUUGAUUUAGUUACCGGUUUUGUUGAAAAGUGGAAUAGGCACGCUUUUACACCUGUCAUUUUUUAAUGGGAAACAAAAAUAAUGCGUCAUAGAGCACAAAUGAUGCGAUCUAGAAUCACUUUAUCACUCAAUGAUAGAAGAUAGCAGGAAUCAUAACAAUUUUUUUUUUAUUUAUCUCCUCUUUUUUAGCCAUUAGUGCGUGGGACCUAAGCCAUGCCAACAGCCACAUUGCCGGUGGAUUUGAGUUCGGCGGCUCUCAGCUAAUUGUACCUGUUAGCGGCCGGUACUAUGUCUAUACUCAGUUGUACUUCAAUUCUGAGCCCAUGGCUACCAGAAAUCGUGUGGGUGUAUUCACUGGCCAGAGAAUUCUGCUAAUGAUCCAUAAGUCCAUGCAACCCAGCACUGAGGAAACGGCCUCGGCAGGAGGAAUUUUCAAGCUAAAUACAGGGGAGAGAGUGUUUGUGAAACCUUUCAAGGGCUAUGGUUCUGUGAAACUGUGGGUCGGGCCUAAUCACACAUAUUUUGGCAUGUAUAAAGUCGACUGAUCACAUUAAUUUUCAGAUAAGGCGUAAUAAUAUGUAUCAGUAAGAUCACAACUUACGAAAUGUAAUGACCUGGAUGAGAGAACAACAUUAUAUGAAAUCCUUACGUAAUAUACAAUUAUAAUUAUGAUGAUGUAUACAGAAAUUGCCAAGAUGAGAAAAUUAAAGGUGCGCCG